AUGAAGCAGUAUGAAGCAACAAGUUGCUGGAUGUCUUUAAUCAUUACCGUCAGGUUUAGAAAUAAUACAAAUCUAAAAGGGGCCUGUCCACACACACACUCAAAUGUUAUAAACAUAUCUGUUGGCUCCAAAAAAGUUCAGAUACAAACAUGUCAACAUGUACACAAUGCAAUUAUUGUUCACACACGCAUCCAUUAUGUCAUUAUGCCUUUAGACCGGACAGAGAGUGCAAGCCCCAGCCCGGCCAGGAGCGCACCCUGGCUGGGCCCGCGCCAGAGGGCCCAACGCAGGGCCCUGCCCCCGGAGAGCACCUGCAGCCCCAGACGAGCCGCCCACCACCACCCAGGAGUUCUGAACAUCCCCCGACCCCAGGCACGGGCCAGGGCCCCUCAAGGGAGACCCACCCAACGUUUCAGGCAGCCAACCACCCAGCCCAUAGUUGGUCCAGGAGAGAGCGAGGCAGGUGCCGGCGACCCCUACCCAGGAGGAAGACGCCCCAAAGAGGUCUCAAGACGGCCAUGGAGAUAAAUGUGACACUGUUUCCUUCCACUGAUACGAUUGAUUUCUCAGAAUAUGACGGCUUUGAUAAGUUUGCCGAGCUGAAACGGGCUCUCCACAUCAUGUCUCUGGUCGUUUGCAGCCUGGUAUCUUUCCUGGGUGUGAUUGGGAACGCUCUGGUUAUCUGGGUGACUGGCUUCAAGAUGAAAAAAACUGUUAACACAGUUUGGUUUCUUAAUCUUGCUGUGGCUGACUUCCUCCUGCUGAUAUUUCUUCCCUUUCACAUCAUUUACGUGGCUUUAAACUUCAACUGGCCUUUUGGUGCAUUUAUGUGUAAAAUCACCUACACAUCACUGAUGUUGAACAUGUUUGCCAGCGUCUUUCUCCUGAUGGUGAUCAGUGUGGACAGAUGUGUGUCUGUGGUGCGACCUGUUUGGGCUCAGAACCACAGAAAUGUACGCAAAGCUUCCUUUGUGAGUCUGAGUGUUUGGAUGCUGGCUCUGGUUCUCGGCGUUCCCACUAUGGUAUUCUUUGACACCUUGGAACUUGAAUCUGAUGGUAUAAUGUGUUUAGAUAAGGUUGACUUAAUUUGGAGACAGGUUAUGACAAUAACUCCCUUCCUCCUUGGAUUCAGCAUCCCCUUCAUUAUAAUUGUCACCUGUUAUGCUGUCAUUAUCUAUCAUCUGAAAAAAAAACGCACCCUGGCCAGCCAAUCAAGACACGCCUUUAAGAUAAUUGCUGCCAUCAUCAUCGCCUUCUUCCUGUGCUGGACUCCCUAUCAUCUCUUGGGGGUCAUUGUCAUAGUGGAUGAAAUGACAGACAGUCUUGAUGAAACAUUAGGACAUAUCAUAAACAUUGGAUACCCAAUUGCAACAAGCCUGGCUUUUCUCAACAGCUGCCUGAACCCUCUGCUCUAUGUGUUUAUGGGUCAAGAUUUCAAGAAAAAAAUCUAUAAAUCCCUCCCAAAAGUGUUGGAGACUGUCUACAAUGAAGAUGGGCCGCUCUCAUGAACCCACAGAAGCUCAACGGCUCCUAAAAUCUAAAGGUUCAGCUGUCAGAAUAAAGGAGAUCUGCAGUGUGUCUUCAUUGACUUUGAUUGUUUCUUAAAAAAAUAUUAAAGUCUUUGUUGGGUUAAAAUAUAUAAACAGGCUAUUCAAUUGUAUGAACUUUAGAGUUCAUUCCCAUCAAAAAAAAAUCCAUCCGAUUUGAACAUUACUUGGAUGUUGGUACUAAUUUUUGCCUUUUUCUUGUUGAUUUGUCUUCUUAGUAUAAUACAGUUUUAAACAUAUCAUUGUUUUAUUGUUUUUAGCAGACCAUGUACUCAGAGUUAACUUUUUCAAUCUUGUAAAGUUUUCCUAUUGCAGUUGUGCAACAUAUUUUAUUUUUACCAUAAUAGGUUUUUUUGCUGCCUGAAAUGUGAACUUUAAAUUAGGAAAAUAAUACUUGAUCAUUUAAAGUGUUAUCAUGUGCUUUUAUCUUGUUUUUAAAUAAAAACUUUAUCUAAAAUACAAUGUAAUUAAUUGCUGUUUACAAUACAUCGACAUCAACAGUAAAUUGGGUCAGACAUGACAUGAUGAAGAAUGACCUCUUUUUUAACUUUUGUAAACUCCAGUCAAAAGAGAAUAGUUCGAGGUGCAACAAGGACCUGUGGUUCUCUGCUUCUGGAAGAACAUGCUGCCAUCUGGUGGCCUAAAAAAGAUGGGGAGGAUCAAACGCAUUUACUGAAGUACCUGAGUACUUUUUUUAUAAUUUCUUGUCGUUUUUUAUUUUGCAUUAUUUAUUUUCUUUAUAAUGUGUGACAGAUGUAGUGUACAUCAUAUCAUAGAGUAUAUUACAAUGAGAAUAGUAUUAAAAAUAGCUGCAACUACGACAUAAAUAGUUAUACAGUUGUAAUUAGAUACAUAAUCUAUUCUAGGCUAUGUAAACAUGGCAGCACACUCGCUGUCUGCAGUUACAAAGUUACACACAGAGGCUAGCUACAGUGUACAUUAUUUCAACUUCCCUACACUCCUACCUUCUGAACAGUAAAACAGUAGUUAUGCAUCUUUGAAUAUUAACCACACUUCUCUACUUUGAGCCCUAUUUUCUCCACUUUUCUCUGUUUUCUGAAAGCAGCAGCUGAUGCUUUGAGAGUCUUUUCAUGUUAAUCAUUGGU